AUGUAAAAUCAUAAUCCUAAUGAUGAACUCAAUUUAGAGAAUGAUAAGUUUUCUAAAUAGUUGGAUUAAGAUGGUAAUCGAGGUUGAUAAUCUAUCUAGAACGCAUUUUAUUAUCAUGCAACUUGUUUAAGUUUAAUGAUUACAAAAAGAGACAAGAACGUAGUUUGCUGGUGUCAACUAAGAAUGUCAUAAAUCUGAAAGGCACAUGUAUUAUCAUUCAUUUAUGUCAAUUCAUUAGCAAUUAAGAGGAAGAUACCAUAUAAUAAGAUUAAGGCUAUUACAUUAUCCUCAAUUGGUACUGAAUUUGUCAUCCAUGUUCCAGAUGAAUAUGAUUAUAGAUAUAGCAGCUAUGAUAAGUAAGUUAGGUUUUUUAUUAAUUUUAGACGCAACAAAAUCGUGUCUAAAAUCCUUGAAGGUUAUUGUUUCUUCACUAAAGCUAAACUAGCAAUGUAUUAUUAUCAUAUAUAUUGUAUUUAGUUAUUUUAAGGAAGAUGUAUCAUUAUACAAUUAUGCAACUACAAAAAGUGAUAAGAAGAAGCAUAUGUCAAAAAUACCCUCAGAAUAACCAUAAUAUAUGGAUAAUGAAAUAUUUGCUUAAAUCUUAGAAGGAGAGACUAAAGAAAAAGAUGAUGCCAGAAAGAAAACUUAAACUUUGUGGGCUAGAGAGAAAGGUAAGGAAGUCACAUUAGAUGACUUCACUAUCUUAAAAGUCUUAGGUAGAGGGGCUUUUGGAUAAGUAAUGUUAGUUGAGAAAAAAGACACAGGAGAAUGGUUUGCUAUGAAAACAAUUAGAAAAGAAGACAUUAUUGAAAAAGAUCAACUUGAACAUACAAAAACAGAGAAAAUGAUAUUAGAACAUGUUAAUCAUCCAUUUUUAGUGAAUUUAGCUUAUGCAUUUUAAACUCCAUAGAAAUUAUUUUUCAUUAUGCAAUUCAUGAAAGGAGGGGAAUUAUUUUAACAUUUAAGAAUGGCAAGAAAAUUCGAUGAAAAAAGAGCUAAAUUUUAUGUGGCUGAAUUAUUGUUAGGAUUAGGACAUUUACAUAGCAAAGAUAUUGUUUAUCGUGAUCUUAAAUUGGAAAAUAUUUUGAUGGAUGAUGUUGGUAAUGUAUUUCUAACUGAUUUUGGAAUGGCUAAAAUAGUUCGUAAAAAUGAAUUAGCUAUGACAUUUUGUGGAACUCCUGAGUAUCUUUGUCCAGAAGUCAUUCUUGGAUAUGGUUGUGAUAAAACAGCUGAUUGGUGGAGUCUAGGUAUACUUACAUAUGAAAUGAUGUAUGGAUUACCUCCAUUUUAUAACAAAAAUUAAACCAUUAUGUUUAAGUUGAUUAAAGAAGCUGAACUUAGAUUUCCUGAAAGACCAGAAGUAAGUAAAGAAGCUAAAGAUUUUAUUUCAAGAGUAAAUUCUUACAUUAUAAAAGUUACUCGUUAGAGAUCGAUUAGCAAGAUUGGGAGCCAAAGGUGAUUAUCAUGAAUUAAUUGCUCAUCCUUGGUUUAAAGAUAUCAAUUGGGAAUAAUUGAUAUAAAAAAAAGUACCCACUCCUUAUAAACCAAGAGUUUAAGGAGAAUAAUGGUUGGAUGGAUUUGAUAAAGAUUUCACUAGUGAAGGUAAUAUAGAAUACAAUCUAAUCUAGACCCAAACAAGGUAAUCGAUGAUGAUCAUGCAAAACCUUAAAAAGAUUACGAUUAACAAUUCAAAGAUUUCUGAAAUAUAUUCACAUAUGGAAUAAAUAAUUUAUUAAUUC